UUGAACUGAAUUUAUAGUCAUUUAUUUCAUAAAAUAAAAAAAGCUGCUAGAUUGAAACUUUUGAAUGUCCCCACUCUAGUGCCAUGUCCAUCUCGAGGAGCCCUGAGGCUGAGGCAGCUGCUCCGUGCCAGCCCUCUUCCUCAGUCGAGUCUGAUCCAGACCCUGGACUCCUCUUCCCGGUGACACGGUCCUCCCUGCUGACUCAACGUCUCCUGCGUUUACGAGCCUACAGCAGCCGUGUAAGCCCCGUUACACGACGCAAGAGGGAGAUGAUCCCCACUGACAAGAAGGAUUCCACCUACUGGGAUAAGCGAAACAAGAACAACGAGGCAGCCAAGCGGUCCAGGGAGAAAAGGAGGCUGAACGACCUGAUGCUGGAGGGCCAGCUGCUGGCUCUGAGUGAGGAGAACGCCCAGCUGCGGGCUCAGGUACUCAGCCUGCAGUUCCACGGUAGCCUGAGAGCAGAAACGUGCAAAGCUGCCUCCGCUUCGCCCUUAUCAAAGAGACCGGCUCCCUGCCCUGACCUCUUCCAGCCAGGACUGUGGGGAAGCAGCAGGAACAACCCGGCUUCCGUACCGGGUGCGAGAGAACAAGGUGGGUUUAAUCCACACCGUUCUCACAGUAGCGGCACACAGCAAGGCAUCUUCCACCUCUCCGGGCCCCGUGCCCGCUCUCCACGAGCGGUUAUGAAGGGCGGGGGGUCAGCGGAGGCAGAGGUGGAUGCUCAGCGACACGUCUCCUCCAGCGAUGACAUCCACAACUCCACCGAUGAGUCUUCCAUCAGAGCAUUUCUGCCCUCACCCGAGACACUCCACCAUGCCUCCAUCCUGUCCUACCAGCCUAGAAAUUGGCUGGUGCCCCAUCUGAAUCACCCGGCAGUGUGCCAUAAUAAUUUCCUGCUGCCUUGGCGGUCUUCCUAUCUGGCCCCGCCGACCGUCUACCCCGGCCUUCCUCUCUACAUACGGGAGAGACACGGCCACGGUCUCGGUGUGGAGGCAGACAUUCAGGAGGGAUUCAAGAGUCGGUUCAGCAGUGCACCGACGGGGCUGCCUCAACCCUGAAUGCACCUCCGUCCUGGUGGACGCUGACAGGAUAGUUCACUGUCUAAGAACAAAGCGUAGCCUAGGCCUACUGUCCAACUUUAUG